GUUUUGGACAGGCAUAACAGGGGCUGUCCAGCUUCAAGAUCAGUCCAGAGCUUAGCAAUCUAACCAAAAGACAUCAAAUGAUGGAUUCUCUUUUAACAGUUAAGGUGCGGAUUCUAGUCUAUUAUAUGCUGACCUUCUUCACCUGCAAUGCGGCCUGCCCCAGCGUCUGCAUGUGCUCGACCAAUGGCAUCGUCACGUGCUUCGGUAGUACCAUCAUCGAUACACCGAAACAACUGCCUACUCACAUGUAUACACUGAAGCUACAGAGCACAAACAUGCACGUCAUAAGUGAGCGAAGCCUGGAGAAAAAGAACCUUCUGACGCGUUUUAGUCUAACUUUUAGCCACCUCCAAGGUGUCCAUCCCCGGGCUUUCCAUGGCGCACCGCAACUUAAGUCCAUCCAGCUGUCACACAACAAUCUUUCCUCGCUUCCUGCAAGAGUUUUUAGCCCACUUAUCACUUUGGAGCAGCUCCAUUUAAAUAGGAACCAACUGGAGACCAUUACUGCCGACAUAUUUGAAGGACUUGUUGCAUUGCAGGAUCUAGACUUGAGUUACAACAAAUUGUCCAGUCUUGCCUCAGGGGUUUUCAGUAGACUGAUGAACCUUGUGAUAUUGAACAUUGGCAGUAACUACUUCAAAACACUUCCACCUACUAGCUUUUGCUCGUUGAUCAAACUUAACAUGCUCAACAUUCAUAAAAACCAAUUAGAGACGUUAGAACCUGGGAUCUUUGAUGGACUAGUCAACCUUGAGUAUCUACAUAUCUACGACAACAAGAUAGCCACUAUUCCCCCCGAGGUGUUCUGGCCACUGAGGAAGUUGAAGAAUAUCACCUUGUCUUCAAACCAACUUCAAUUUCUACCUGAGAGGAGUUUCUAUCACAUGCCCAAGCUGUUUAAGCUAACCCUUUACAAGAACCCACUCUUAUCACUACCAGAUGAGCUGAUGGGACACAUGCCUGAAAUGCCAGAAUUUUACUUGUAUGACACAAACCUCAUCACAGUACCUGGAAAUCUGUUUGCCAACAUGUCUGGGCUGCAGAUCCUAAAACUGCAUUUUAAUGACAGGCUAAGUGAGUUGCCGCCAAAUCUCUUUUCCAGUCUUCCUGAACUGCAGAUCCUCUCACUGAAAUCCAACAACCUCCAGCAGCUGCAUCCACAACACUUUUCCAAACUAAACAAACUGGACAUAUUACUCCUCAAUAACAACAUGCUCAAGAACCUAGCUAAAAACAUAUUUCAGGAGCUUGGAAAACUUACAAAGCUAGAUUUGAUGGAAAACCAUCUCAAGAAUCUUCCAGGAGAUAUUUUCAAGUACAAUGCAUUUUUAAAGGUUUCUUUGAGUGACAACCCGUGGGAUUGCACCUGCAGCAUCAAAGGUUUUGCAAGAUGGAUAAGACAUAACAAGCAUGUAGUUCUUGAUAGUGAAAAUGUGAUUUGUCACAGUCCAAAGCACCAAAUACUCCGCACCCUUGAUUCUCUAAAUGAUGAGGAGUUGAACACUUGCAACAUUACAGCCACUCCAAGUUGCACUGUGACACAGGAACCGACUCAAGCGCCAUCUACGACAAGCCCUACAGCAACAGCAGCGGCUUCUCCACACAAACCUCGACCCAGUGUCAGACCACAUGAGACUUCCUCCACCUACGAUAUUUCACCACCCUUUUAUGAUGUACUGGUAGUCGAACAGGGGCUCGAAUUCGUCCACCACAACUAUCACAAUGGUUGGGUGUACGUGUGGUUUUUGCCCUCGAAUAUAGCCUUGGCAGGCUUCCUCAUGUUUUCUCAUAUUCUUCUUUUGGCCACAGGCAUGUUGCUCAUUCUUUGUACCAUGUAUAGUAUGCAUCUUCUUAGCAAGAGGGUGGAGGAGAUAAAGGCACAAUUUUAAAGGUUAACAUGUUAUCAAGUGUUGUGCAUAAGAAAUGGAGUUGCAUUGAAAAAAUGUUAAGAGAAAAUGAUUAAUUAAUUCAAUGUGCUCUAUUUACACCUUGUUCUUUUAAAAUACUGUAGCUUAACACACUAUACGCUGUGAUAAAUGUGCACAUUUUCCCAUGUCUGUAAAGCCUCACAUUUUUAUACAAUUUAACUGCACUGUCUUUUAAACAGCUGGCAAUGGAUCAAGCUCUCUGAAACCCUUUGUAAUGUAAAAUUGACGCAUUAUUACCUGGGAUUUUUUUUUGAAUUAUUUCAUUUUAAAUCUCUAAUGUUUCUCCUAUCAUACUACUGAAUAAGACUAAUUUGAGAGAGGCGAUGCAAUGUUCUUUCCCAUAAAACAUUUUUCUGUCUUUAAACUUUAA